ACCUAUCAAAUUGGAAGAAAGUUAUUGGGGCAGAAUACUAAAACCAUCAGAUUAUGCUCAAUUGUUUAAUGUAUCAAAGAGGAAAUUAUGUAAGAAUUUAAUUGACAAGGAAAGAUCACUAAAUGAUUUAAAAUUAUGGAAAGACAAAUUCUCAAUUUUAAAAUCUGAAGAUGCCCAAUUAACUGCUGGAGUUAUUGAAUUUUUCCAUCUCUGUUUAUGGAGGGAAGUAAACAUUCUUGUAAUGCAACAUUGGGAAAGAGAUUACAUUGUCAAGAUACUAAGCCCAAUUAUUGGAUUCAUGUUUGAAGAACUUGAUAUUAGCACUUUUGAACUAAAUUGGUAA